AACCGGGACCUGAGAAGGAGGAACGGCGGUUUUGGGCGGCCAGCAAACACUCGCCUAUCAUCAGUCAACGUAAAGCCAACUCCUCCUCUUCUGCAGUUACGCACAUGCAUGCAGCCUCUCUGGCAAAAGACAAAACACUAACUACACAGACUACUGUCAAGGAAAACUGCUUCUCCCAGACGACCGGCGGGAUUUUAUAAAGCAAAGCCUGUGUUUUGAUUUUUUGAUUCUUUUUUUUUCCAUUUUACGCUGCAAAGAAAAAGUAGUUUGAUCGACAUAAAUCAUCUGCUGUAAGCAUCAACUUGGACUGUUGAACCUGGAGGAGGGAAGAAGCCUUUCUCACGGGCUCUCUGUCAGCUUUUCUUUUUUUUUUUUUUUUGGAAAUAUAAUUUUUCUAAUGCAGUAGAAGGCUACUGCAGAGCUCCUGGCACUGCCACUUGUACAGACUUGCUAAUUGUUGAGCAGAUAAAAAGGGAGAAUUCUGCCUUUCAGACCGUCGAAAUCCUGAAACAUUUCUCCCACAUCCGAGGAGGCUUCGGUGCUGAGACCCAUGCAGCGGGGCUUUCAUAGUUGGUAUGUUUAUUCACCGUAAAUGGAAAAGAAAACAUAGAAAAAGCAUUUUUUAAUACCAUAAAAUACCAUUUCACCUGAGAGAAAACAGAUUCAGAACAGAUAAGUGGAAUCUGUGCAGUUACUAAUGAAUUAAUUAUAGCUUAUUAAUAAUGAGAGCUGCAGAAAUUCGGAUGACGGUUUCCAUUGGCAGAUGAGACGUAGUGUGGAGAACACGUGUCCAAUUCUUCGCUCAUAUUUUUUCCUCCCUGAUUUGGAUUUCUCACUCCUCGCGGCAAGAAAGGAAAACCUUUAAGAAAAAAAAAAUCGAGAAUUCUAAGUGGCAUUAUUGCGCAGGGUUUUGCCUCUGAUGGACAUAUUGGCUUACAGAUCCGAAGAGAACAGUUAUAAUAUCCUCCCCUCUGCGGCAACGAUGCUUUUCCAUGGCCUCCCUGGAGGCGACGUGCACGGUGUGGUGGAAGAAAUGGACCGGAGAGGAAAGAGCGAGUCAGCAGCCAUCAGUUCAGCCAUCGAUAUGGGAGAAUCAGAGACGUCCAUGCCGUGUAUGACCAGCGAGCGCGUGGCCCUGUGCGCGGGAUGCGGCAGGAAGAUCUCGGACCGCUACUACCUGCUGGCCGUGGACAAGCAGUGGCACAUGCGCUGCCUCAAGUGCUGCGAGUGCAAACUCAACCUGGAGUCCGAGCUCACCUGCUUCAGUAAGGACGGCAGCAUCUACUGCAAGGAGGACUACUACAGAAGAUUUUCGGUGCAGAGAUGCGCUCGGUGCCACCUGGGGAUCUCAGCCUCGGAGAUGGUGAUGCGGGCCCGGGACUUGGUCUACCACCUCAACUGUUUCACCUGCACCACCUGCAGCAAGAUGCUCACCACCGGGGACCACUUUGGCAUGAAGGACAGUCUGGUGUACUGUCGGCUGCACUUUGAGACUCUCAUCCAGGGAGAAUAUCAGACACAUUUUAACCACGCGGACGUUGUCCCGCAUAAAGGCCUCGGCCCGGCCAACACGCUCGGACUAUCCUACUUCAACGGCGUGGGGACAGUGCAGAAAGGGCGGCCCAGGAAGAGGAAAAGCCCCGGGCCGGGGGCCGAGCUGGCUGCUUAUAACGCAGCACUGAGCUGCAACGAGAACGACGGCGAGUCCAUGGACCGGGACUCCCAGUACAGCUCCAGCCAGAAGACCAAGCGCAUGCGGACGUCCUUCAAGCACCACCAGCUGAGGACCAUGAAGUCUUACUUUGCCAUCAACCACAACCCAGACGCCAAGGACCUCAAGCAGCUCGCCCAGAAGACCGGCCUCACCAAGCGGGUGUUACAGGUCUGGUUUCAAAAUGCCCGGGCGAAGUUCAGGAGGAACCUGCUGCGGCAGGAGAGCACGGGGGUGGACAAGGCGUCCGACGGCUCCACGCUGCAGGGCGGGACGCCGUCGGGUCCGGCCUCGGAGAUCUCCAACGCCUCCAUGAGCCCCUCCAGCACCCCCACCACCCUGACGGACUUGACCAACCCCACCAUGCCCACCGUCACCUCGGUGCUCACCUCGGUGCCGGGCGGCAUGGACGUCCACGAGUGCCGGAGCCCGUCACAGACCACGCUGACCAGCCUCUUCUGAUGGGCGGAGCCCCUCGCCAAGGCCCCCAAUCCUCUCACCAGCUCCUCCUCCCCCCGGGAUUUAAAGCUGAGCACUGUUCACUCCUUCAAACAUUAAAUGGAUUAGAAAAGAGAAGGAAGCAAAAAAAAAGAGAAAGAUUUCAUUUUGCUCUGAGUCCAUUAGAGACUAUUUGCAUAGUGAGGCGGCUGAGCCUUACAGAUGGAACAGUUGUUGUUAUUUUGAUGUUGUUGUCUUGUCGAGAACUGAGGAGACUUGAUUUGCAUUUUUCAAUGUUUACAGAAAGAGACUGCAGAGGGAAAAAAACUGCUUAAUUUUUGGAAAUUCAUUUUUUCCAGCACAGUAUUUAUGUUGUUGUACAAGAGUCACUGUUAGAAGGAUUGUAAAAAUUAUUUUCCUUUUGUUUUGGAAAUCUGAGAUUAAACACAGGUUACAAUAUCCUA